AUGGCUUCUUCCGCUACCACGACCGCCGACGCCGCCCGUUUUGCCAAGUACCUCCCCGAUAUCAAGCUCAACGACGGCACCGAGAUCCCUAUUAUCGCGUACGGUCUCGGCACGGCCAACUUCAAGACCAAUCCCGCUUUUGAGCAGAAAAUUGUUGACGACACUGUGAGCGCCAUCAAGGCUGGCUUCACCCAUCUGGACGGCGCCGAGGCGUAUGGCAAUGAGGAGGAGCUUGGUGCCGCCAUCAAGCUAGGCGGCGUGCCCCGCGAGCGGCUGUACAUUGUGACCAAGUACAACCCCAAACCCACCGGCACCGUCGAGGAGGCCUUUGCGCUCUCCCUCAAGAAGCUCGGCGUGGACCACGUGGACCUCUACCUGAUCCACAGCCCCUUCUGGGAGGGCAUCACGGACGAGCAGAUCCAGAGCCGCUGGGCCGAGCUCGAGGCCAUCCAGGCGUCGGGCCGCGCCGUCUCGAUCGGGGUGUCCAACUUCUUGCAGAGCCACAUCGAGGCCUUGCUCAAGACCGCCAAGGUUGUGCCCGCCAUCAACCAGAUCGAGUACCACCCGUACCUGCAGCACGGCGAUCUCGUGGCAUUCCACCGCAAGCAUGGCAUCGCCGUGUCCGCGUACGCCCCGUUGACGCCCAUUGUGCGCGCCAAGGGCGGCCCUGUCGAUCCCUUGUACACACAGCUGGCGAAGAAGUACGGCGUGACCGAGGGCGACAUUGGCCUGCGCUGGGUCCUUGACCAGGGCAUUGUGACAGUCACCACGAGCUCCAACUCCGAGCGCCUGAAGAACUACCUGCACCACCUGACAAGCUUCAACCUGACGCCCAAGGAGGUCGAGGAGAUUUCUACGGAGGGCAACAAGAAACACUACCGUGCUUUUUGGACGCGUAAAAUUGCCGAAGACGACCGCCGUUAA